AGUUUUUUUAUUAUAAAUUUGUAAUACUUUUAAACCGGGUUUUCAUCUUAGCAAUACUUGGACAAUACUUUUUUUUGUUAAUACAAACAGUUUAAGUAAUACCACAGGAAUAUAGACAAGAAGAAAUGUAAUGUAUUCUUCAUUCUAAUAAUACCAAUGGCAUUGUCAAACAAAAUCGUUUUGCGUGUAUUGCAAAUAUUUAAUGACAGACAUUUAUCUCGUUUUUGGUUAUUAAUGUAAAAAAAAAAAAGAGAGAGAUUUAGAGUGGAACAAACCCCGUGCGGGACCUUUCCAGCUGUUCAGUGACAUCACUGCAUCGUGGCCCCGCCCACAUAGGCGGAGCCACCAUUGUAAACAGGUAUAAAAAUGAACGCGCGAGCCUUGAAGCUUUACAAUCGGCAGUGCAUGACAACAACACUUCGCAGGCCGUUUAGAAACAACCAGCUCGUACUCGAUCUCCGAAAGCCGGGUGGACGUUUACUUUUGGAUGCGCGUUCUCUGUCAUUUUAAGGGAUUCAUUUCUCGCGCGUCUUUCUAACAGGUUCCGCGAAGAUGUUGCAGGCUUGUUCCCCAUCGCACGAUUGGCUCUGCGACUCCGAGCCGCUGCUGUUUGACGACGAGUUUUGCAUGAGUCUCAUGAAGGACUUGCAGUCCAUCCCCACGCCGCCCCAGUCCCCUCCGAUGAAAGCCGGGCUCGCUAAGAGUUUAUCCACGGUGGAUCAGCUGGAGUUGGUAUCUGAACUUUUAAUAGACGACAGCGACUUUCUCCAACUGGACUGGAACUUUAACGGCUGCGCUUCAGCGGCGGAUUCGGAUCCGCUCUCGGAGGACUGCCUUUGGCAAAGCGACAAACCGAGCGAGGAUAAACUCUCCGCGGUGCUCUCCACAAGUCCCUUGCUCUCCGAUAUAGACACUGAGAUUUUUGCCGAAAUUGCCGGCUCUACGCUGAACUGCCACAAUGUGGCGCUCGCCUGUCAGGCUCUGGAGAGCGAGGACUCGCCGCUGGACAGUCAGGAGCAGAUCGAGUCCACGUCCGAUUACGGCUCGCUGUCCACUGGAGGAGAGUCGUCUACAAGCGAUUCUGAGGAGGAGAUCGACGUCGUGACCGUCCGGCGGUCGAGCACGCUGACUCGGUCGCAGCACCAGCAGCAGCUGGAGGACAGCCGGCGCGAGCAGCAGCGUGCUCUGAAGCGCUGUCACUUUGAAAUCCAACAACAGCACAACUACGCCGCCCCGCGGCCCGCCUCUCCUCCGCCCCCGCCCUCCCCGUGCUCCGCGCCGGCGCUCAAACGCUCCCGAGGUUCCGGAGACUCCCACCGAAGCGCGCAGAGCACGGGACGCUCUCGCAGCCUGGCCUCGAGACAAGGGGCGGACACCGAGGACGAGGAAGAGAGGCGGAGGACUCACAAUGUGAUGGAGAGGCAAAGGCGCAACGAGUUAAAAAACUGCUUCCUUAGGCUACGGGACAACGUCCCCGAACUGUCCAACAACGACAAGGCAUCCAAGGUGGUGAUUUUAAAGCGCGCUAAAGAAAGCAUCAGGAAUCUGGAAACGGAGAACCACAGACUAAAGCAGAAGAGGGAGAAACUCCGAGACCGACAGGAACAGCUGAAAGCCAGACUGGAGCAGCUCAAGAGGUUGUGAGGGAGGGUCUGGGACCGAACGAGCCCCGCUGGCUCGAGGACUGUGACGCUUGUGACUGACUGAAAAGACUUGGUUAUCUCUGAGGAGAUUUUGGAUUCCCCCUCCUCCUUCCCCCACCGUUCCCACUUGGAAACAUGCAUGGUCAAUGCAAGAACGUUCUCAGUGUUAAAGUCAUUUAGUUCUCGAGUCUUAAUAUGGAAAUGUUUUGUAUACUGUAUGUUGGACGAAUAAUCAGUUAAACGCAUUGUAAGCCUUAAAAAGAACUCCCCCCUAGAUGAUCCUCACACAUUCUACCUUUUUGUUCUUGGCAUACUCUUCUUGUUGUAUUUUGGGCUGGAUCCAAAGGAUGUUGAAAAUAAGGGGUUGAAUGUAACUUGAGAUGAUUGUUUUAAUAGACCCUAAAGUUCACAAUUUGUUGAUGUUCAGACUGGAAAGAUAAACUAUAUUGGAUUAAUGUUCAUGCAUAGCUCAUAUUGUUGAGGUCUGGAGCUCUGGAGGGUGUUCAUGCUUGAAUCGCGCUCUGUUUUGACUCCACGUGUCUUUACUCUGUCAGUUAUUGUAUGUUCCCUCCUACUUCUAUGUUUAUCUACCUCUAUCAGGAAAAAGCCUGGCUAUUUUAUUGCCUUCAUAAUGGCAACUGUAUAGAAUUUUUUUUUUUUUUUUUUUUUUUUUUAGUUUUUACUUUUUCAUGUAGAUACCACCUGUUAAUUAUGUAUUAUAAAUUAUUUAGGCCUUUUUCCUCUUGGUUCAUUUGCAGGUUUUUGGAAAAAAAAAAUGUUCAGUUCAUCUUCAACUGCACUUUGUUUUAUGAAGUAAUAAAAAUGAGCAAGAUGACAA